AUGUCGGCUACAGUGACAGAGAACUCCGUAACGUCGAGGAGCCAACGGGACUACCUCCACGACUACCAGAUCCGCCUCACAGGAGGAGUCGAGGAAGCCUUCGCCAGAGGCAACGAAGACGCGGCGUCGCCAACGGCCGAGUACCCACCCGGCUGGUACGACCAGCACCGCCAGGUGCCUCCAUACAGACCCGCGAACAGGAGUUUGGAUAUUGCGGACAGGCCGUGGGGUUCGAACGGCAUCGAAUCCGCAUUCGUCUAUGUCAUGUUGAACGGGUGCUGGCUUCAAGGAGUCACCAACUGGAUCUGGAGGUCGACGGGCGGGAGAGUGAAUAGGGACUACUUCAGGUUCAAAGUUGGCGGCGAGAUCUGA